CUUUAUAGUAAUUUACAAUUUUUUAAACAUAUGUACAUAUUCAGAUUUUCUACGUACUGCACACCAAUCACAUUGUUUGGUGGCUAGUUGCUUGACAAUAGAAACUUUUCAUAUUUGUACAUUGGUAACACUAGAUCAUGCUAUUUCACGCCAUUUUGUAUUUAGAUUUGAAUUUCGAACGUUGUGACUUUGUGACAACAACGGUUUACGGCUCGUCAUCUGUGACCAUUAAAAGAAGGAAGAUUGUAAUAUAAUCCUUGUUAUAAUUGUUGUUAAAUAUAAUUAAAGCAAAAUGAAAUCCUCGCGUGUAAAACCACCGGGUUCUGCUCGGAAACCAAUAAACCGACCGAAAGGCAACAAUAUGUUAUCUAAGGAUCCAGUGCAAGUUUACUGCCGUUUAAGGCCAAUGCAGUAUGCUACAGAUGUAUCAUGUAUGAAAGUUUUAUCAGAUACAACUAUAGCUAUCAAUCCACCAGAAUCAGCAAUUAAUUUUCGUAAUUGUAGCAACAAAGAAAUUCAAACAACAUUCAGUUGUGUAUUCACACCAGGUGCUACACAAAAGGAACUCUUUAAUGUUGUGGCUCUCCCAUUAGUUGAGAAUGUUAUUCGUGGUAGAAAUAGUCUUCUGUUUACUUAUGGUGUAACAGGAAGUGGUAAAACAUACACAAUGACUGGUGAACCACACGAUGCUGGUAUCAUGCCACGUUGUCUUGAUGUAAUUUUUAAUAGUAUUGGUAACUAUCAAACAAAAAAAUUUGUUUUUAAACCAGAUAAAUUAAAUGGUUUCGAUAUACAAAAUGAAGCUGAUGCAAUGCUAGAUAGACAAAGUGAGCUCCAUGCAGGAAUUAUGUCUCAUAGAAAUGGAAAAUCAAACAAAGUGAAGAAGGCUGAAAGUGAUGGAGAUAGUAAUCCAAUGAUAGUUCGUGAAGUUGAUGAAUCACAGGUGGUAUCAGUGGAUCAAGACAAUGCUUAUGCAGUCUUUGUUACAUAUGUUGAAAUAUAUAAUAACAGUGUAUAUGAUUUAUUAGAGGAUGACGAUAUUAGAGCCAAGACAUUACAGAGUAAAAUAGUCAGAGAGGAUGGAAACAAAAAUAUGUAUGUACAUGCUGUGACAGAAAUUGAAGUAAAAAGUGCUGAAGAAGCAUUUGAGGUCUUUAACCGUGGCCAAAGAAGAAGGAGAGUAGCUCAUACUGCUCUUAAUGCAGAAUCAAGCAGGUCGCACAGUGUCUUCACUGUUCGUCUUGUACAAGCACCAUUAGAUUGCGAAGGUGAGCAAGUUAUACAAGACAAACGCGUAGUGUGUAUUACACAACUAUCUUUAGUAGAUCUGGCUGGUAGUGAAAGAACAAAUAGAACCAAGAAUACAGGACAACGUUUAAGAGAAGCAGGUAAUAUUAAUAAUUCUUUGAUGACUCUUCGAUCGUGUCUGGAAAUUUUAAGAGAAAAUCAAAUUCAAGGUACAAAUAAAAUUGUACCCUAUAGAGAUUCAAAGUUAACUCAUUUGUUUAAGAAUUACUUUGAUGGAGAAGGACAAGUGAGGAUGAUUGUGUGUGUUAAUCCAAGGGCGAAUGAUUUUGACGAAACAAUUCAAGUUAUGAAGUUCGCGGAAAUGACUCAAGAAGUUCAAGUAGCUAGACCAACAAUUACUAAAAUAGAUCUUGGUUUUACUCCAGGAAGAAGACAGGCAAAUAAGUUAUUUAAGGAGGCACGUGGUAAACUCGAGAAGGAAGGUCAUCCUGAAGCUGCUGAGUUGGAAGUUGAUAUUGGUCUUGUAUACAGUUUGGGUGGUCCAUUUCCCGAAUUAGAAGUUACUUCUCCAUGCAACGAUCAAAUAAUUACUAAUCUGAUGCACUUUUUGGAACAGCGUAUAAGCAAACGGAACCUAUUACGUGCCGAUCUACACAAAAAACAGAACGACCUUAGAAAAACUUUAAUGACAAUGGAACAGGAGCACAUAAAUUUAAAAAUUGAAAAUGCAACUUUGAAAGCAGCUACUUUGCAACAGAAAAAGAAGGUGUCUGCAUUGGAAGGUCAUUUGUGUAAAAGUGAAGAACAAAUAGAUAGUUUGCUUCGAAAACUAAAUCAUGCGAAUGAUACGAUCCGUAGUUUACAGCAAGAGUUAAAAGAUCGAGACAUGGCACUAAACCAACGAUUAAUAGAUAAGCAGAGGGUAAAACAAAAGUAUAACACCAAAAUCCAAGUAGAAACUGAUAAAAUGAACAAGGAAUUAGAAAUAAAAUUACGUCAGCAACGCGAACAUUUACAGAAUCAAAUGAAAGAUAAAGAAAAUAAAUUGAGACUGGUGAAGCAGAUUUUAGUCGAUGACAAUGGUAUUAAUUCUAUACCCGUUACACCAAAAGCUACAGCUACCAAUUUGGAGGCAAAUGCAAGAACAACUGAUGGUCGAUCACGAAGGGAUAAGGUAACUGUUUCAAAUCCGAGGCAUAGACGUUCACAAAGUGCUGAUAGAUGGGUUGAUCAUAGACCAGGAGCACUGGUUCCUUUGGGAACAGUUCUGCAACCAUUAAUGCGAAGGAGACGCAGCGUUUCAAGACUUGCAGAUCCAAAGGAGAUUACCGAUGGAGCAUCGCGAUACUGUCUCGUUGCGCAAGAACACGAUACGGAUGGCGAACUUGAAACCAAACUGUAUAAGGGAGACAUAUUACCAACUAGCGGAGGUGGAGCGCAAGUGGUAUUUAAUGACAUGGAAUGCUUAAAGCAACUGUCGCCAAAAGCGAGAAAACGCAGUGGUCCCGCAGAUUUAGAUAUAAAUGAAGUAGGCACGCCAAAUCAUUCCUCCACGCUUGUGGAGACUCACUGUAAAAGGCCACGAGUGAUUGAUUAAUCAAUCUAGAAAUAAUAUUUAAUACUACGAAAUUCAAAGUUUUCUGCAUCAUGGUAGUAAUUUAAUAAUUUAUUAAAUAAUACAAAUCAUCAAACAAAACAACAAUA